GUUACUUCAAGACUAGUGUCGACUAUUCUGAUAUUAAUUUGAACGUCGUUUUCAUGUAGAAUUCGGAACCUCGCUAGUGCUCAACAGUUGCAAGCACCAGUAUUGGCAGUACCCCGGACACUGCAGUCAUCAGUAAAGUCUGACUCUAGACUAAAGACGUGUACAUAAUGAAGGCCACCAAAAGGAAGAAGCGUUUGCCCAUCAGUCGGAGGAGGAAAUUCAGAUCCGUGGCUGGCAGCGAGGACGAGUCUGACACGGACUAUACACCGGCACAAGUUGAAAAAGCAAAAACUCGUACAGGCAAGGAUUCAGCCAAUGAUUAUGCUGCCCAAAGAAUUUGCCGACUCCGUCGUAGUACGGUCGAAUGGUGCGAACUUCCUGUGGAAUUGUGGGUGAAAAUAUUCUCUGACGUCGUAGAGUUAGCGGGUGGAUGUGUGCCUGUUCUCCUGUUGCUGAGGAGAGUCUGCAGACUUUGGAGUGAAAUCUGUCUAACGCCCAGCCUCUGGCGCACCGUCACCUUCUCAAGACAUGCUCAGAACGGUCCGCGCUGUGUUCCGCAAGCUGCAAUACCCUGGCUAACCAAUAACGCCUUGCACUACGCGCGUCAUCUGGAUCUCACCGGCUUUUCUGUGAAUAAGACGGGCAUAGGUUCUUUGGUGGAAAGGUGCAAGGAACUUGUAGGCUUGACAGUGCCGACUUCAGACAUGUACCUCGCAUGCCCGGUCUUGCUUUCACAGCUCACGAUUCACCAAUGCAAACUCCAACACUUUUACCAACUAACUCUUCGAAGAGAUCUUCUGCAGAAUCUGACAAAGUUGUCGCUGGGCAAGAGCUCCGCUCAGGACUUGCUUUUGUAUAUCGACGUCGACAUGCCUCUGCUGGAAUUUCUUUCGCUGGAUGGCUUUAUUGUGUACUGGGUGGUUAUUGUGGAAAGAUGUGGUAAUCUACGCCAUCUGACACUGGUUCGUUGUAAGCUAAAGCAUCUCCUCCAUGACCUGCCUGGUUUGCCAAAGCUCCAGUCAUGCACUCUAGUUGAAGCUGAACACAACUCCGUGCUUGAUUGGCGUGAUUGGCGUGAACGCACCGCCUGGGAAGAGUGGAUGCGGGGUGAGACACAUGUGAUCCACUGGCUGGAGAGAUGUGCUGGCCUCGAGCACUUGACCCUGUCUGGCGAUGAGGUCAUGUGGGUGUAUAUAAAUGCUCUCAGAGAGCGUGUUAUCUGUUUGCAGUCGUUGCGAUAUCUUGGCUUGUAUGGUGUGCUGCCUUGUAUUAGCAUCGAGCCAUUCCUCACAGCACUAGUCCAACAUUCAAGUUCAUCCUUGGAAUCCAUUGAGAUCACGAACUUGGUAGUUGGUGACAGCCUUGCUGCAGGAGAAUUUUCUUGCCUGCGCCACUUGCAGCUGCAUCAUAGCUACCUUACUGCACCGAUGUGCUUGAAGCUGCUGGAAGCAUGUACGCAGCUAAAGUCUGUCAGCCUCUCUGGAAACUAUCAGCUUCCGCGUGGCACCAAGCAGGCGUUCUCAGCAGAUCGCUUUGGCCGAUUGAAAGAGCUUCUGAAAGCUGACACGGAGCUUGGUGAUGCGGCAUAAUGGUACUACAGUGACUUACAGCCUGGGACAUCAACAGUCCGUCUUUUGCAGACUUGAUUGUUGAUGGACUCUUAUCUGAAAAACAAGCAGAAGCAGCCCUGUUUGUUGUAACGAUGUCAUCAUCGUCAUCGUGUUGUGACAAGACUGGGGCUAGGGGGAGAAGGCCACUACAUACAAACCUUUUUUGGUUUCAGUUGGUACCAGGAAUGACCUGAACUCCUAGCAGUUACAUUGAAGGCUUUCUGUGAUAUUAUUCCAACUUUUGACAUUUUCCAUAUGUAGGCUGAAAAGAAGAGCAUUUCAAUGACGUUCACAUACCAGUAAUAUCAUGGUGUUGGAAAGAGUGACAAGAUCCAGAAAUCAUGUUUUUCAUUGAUUCUCAUCCAUUGUAUUGUUCCUAUUUCACGAUCUUGUAAACUGUAAAGCAUUACUGUGGUACCAUGCGUUUAUGUGCAGCAACAACCUUUGUUCCUUUUACAACUGCUUUGAAGCUUCUUUCUCCUGGCUGCCGUUUUUGCGGUAUAUUUUACUUCUGAAGUACAGUGUUGCUGAAUAAAAUCCAGCCACGUCACUCAA